AUGGAUCCUGUUGAGCUGGAAGCUACCUACACCAAGAAAGGAAACAUCAGCUACGACUAUGGCGAGAAUGAUGACGACGAUUACCCGGGCAGCGAGGAUAACCAAAGUGGUGAAGACGGAGACGCCAACGGCGAAAGCGAUGACGCUGAUGAAGCUCUCGACAACGCUUCGGUAGAUGACAUGGAUAGCGAGCUUAGCGACGAUGUAGCCAGCGACAGCUCCCCUAUUGCAUCCAGUGAUGAUGAAUGGGAAGACGAAGAAGAAGAAGCAGAAUCUGAGACUAUCAGCGUGGAAAACAACGACAGCGGCUCAGAUGACGAUGCCAAAUUGAUCGAUGGAGAAGUUGUCGACACAGUGAGCGACGAGAGCACCUUGGACAGUGAAGCAAAUAAUACGAGCGAAGAAGGAGCUACGGUGAAUACCGCAGCACGGUUUGUAGGAGAGAUCGUCAUAUACGACAGGGAAAGCACUACAUACCAAGAGCACGACAGCAUCUUUACAAGUACGCGAAGUGCUUCGAGGGGUUGGGUGCAGUCCCUGAAAGGACAGAGUGCUACAAAUCUGCCAACUCAGACUACCUACCAAGCAUGUCAGCCGAUCAACAUUGACCAAUCGAAGAGCACAUACCAAUCGUCCAACAACCAUCGGACUGGCGACGAGGACCGGAAGAAGAUUCCACGAUCUGUCCCUGAAGCACCGGCCCUGCUAGACACAUCGAGCCUCCAUCAAAGUCAAAUAUCAGCUGGUGUGCAGAAGCCCACAGGCGCAAAGAGAUCAGCGUUCAAAAAGCUGAAAGAUACCGUUCUCAAAAGCACAACUCUCGGGACCACUGAGUCAAGCUCCAUGAUCUGCAGGAAGCCUAAAGGCAAACAUGUCAAACUACCUGUUCAGGCUACACGUCAUCGAGCACCAGAAAAAAUGAGGAAGUCUGAAUUCAGCAAUGAUACCGAUGGGAUUCACGAGCUGUACGUUCCGGGUGGAUCAGCUCAGCCGACCGAAGCCGCCAAAAUGCCUGAGGCAGCGAGAAAGUCUCCUGUGUUCUACGAGAUGGAGAGUAGGCCCGUAGUAACUGCCACUUACAGAUCCAGCAAGACAAAGCAACAUCCUACUACUCAUGAGCUGGAAGGAACUCUCGGUCACGUUAUCAACAAUCUCGAGCAAAACUUUACGAUGCAUGAAUUGGAGGGAGCUAUCGGUCAGACUCUUAGAACUACUAGGAACCAUUCUACGGUUCAUGAGCUGGAUAGCGUUGCUGUAGCAUUUGCAGGCCGGGUUCCCUUCAGAACAAAGAAACAACCUGUGAUUCAUGAGCUGGAGGGAGUCGCCAGGCGUGUUUCCAAAAUCAGAAAGCAACAACCUACGGUCUAUGAAAUGGACGGUAUGCCUACAGUGGUCGCCAAGCACAUGUCUAAGAAGACUGGGCAACAAUCCAGAUUCUGCGAACUGGAAGACAUAGCUACGACAGUCACCAACCGUAUCCCAACGGAGCCCAAGACCCGUACAACGACCCAUGAACUAGAUGCUGGAAAUGCUACGAGGAGUAUAUUUGAUCACGACCCGCACGCAAUCAUCGGCUUCAGCUGGACGGAUAAUCGCGCCAAACAAUAUGAGGAGGUUGGAAUGCAAAAGUACAAGACGUCCAAGGAGGGUCUUACACUGUGGUGGAAGCCUUACUCGCCAUCGGCGGACUACUAUGAUAGCGAUGACGAGGAUGAGUGA